GUCGGCAAGUAAGGCUGCCGAGCAUUUCUUGAAGCCGAUGAAGCCGUGUGCGCUGCAGACAGAUGAGAUAGUCCACACUUUGGUUGUUGGCGGUGCUAAGGUGCAGCCAAACGACAAGAACACGAAGUACUUGUUGAGGAAUUACAAGGGAGGCGAGGCCGAAUCAGAUGUACAUCGUGAUCAUGCACCAUGUGGAGAGGAAGGCUUGGAAGAUCCGCAGACGGACAAACCCCAGCCACUGCCUGUUGCGGGGCGGGGAGUUGCUGGCAUUGCAAACAUGCUUGUUGAUGCACUUGAUGAGGCUGUCGAGGGUGGAGGUGCAGCGGAGGACGGAGGCGGUGAGGAAGGGCAAGGGUCGACAACACGAAUGACCACCUUGAGACAGACCACUGUGCGACGGUGGGUGGACAAUGCGGCGCAGAAGAAGCUGGACAUUGCGUGGGCAGAGGCCAUGUUCAGGGCUGUCCCGACGACCACGUAUGUUGGUAGGCGAAGUCGGCGACAGGACAGGGAUUUCGAGGUUGAGCCUACGCCGGUCGUCGAUAGAGUGGACAUGGACGUAGAGUUUUUGCUGCACCGCCAUGAUGACCCGGACGAGGAAGAGGCCACCCGUGCAAAGGAGAUGGCGGACAGGGAUCGUGAACUCAUGGACAGGCGGAUCGCUGAGGAGGAGGCCCGUCGUGCAGCGAUCCCUACCCGCAGGGAGAGGGAGAGGCGUGCUGCACAACAAGAAAAGCAUGGGGGCGAGGCCUUGAAGGAAAUGGACGGGGAUGUCCAACCUGCCAUGGACAAGGGCGAGCAGAAGCAAGGGGAGCCCGUGGACGUAGCGGAAGAGCAGCAAGCAGCAGUUGCCGUGUACACGCGCAAGCCCCGCCCAUGCGUGGAGCAAGAAGUGGGAGCGGAGGGAGAGACCACCGACCAGCAGGUUGCAAUUAGCGAGAGGGGGAAGGAGCAGCAGGAAGAGCCACAGGCCGCAAAGGACAUCAGCACGCCCCCUUUCCCUGAAUUGAACGAUGCUCUCCACCAUGACAACCUCUGGAAGAGCAGGGCAGGCAGGAAGAGGAAGACAACAGCGGAGGAGUCCCCCAAAGCGCCCCGACGCGGCCGUGGAAGGCCCAGAAAAAAAUGACAGUCGAGAAGACUGCGUCGCAGCACGGACGCCUCAACACUACGGCUCGCAAGAAGCG